AAAUUAAAUGUCAAUAUGAUGUCAACCAACCAAGUAAUUUUAGUUGUAAACUUGCAUCGGUGUAAACGUAAUAAAAUAUUUAAAUUUUUUUAAUUAAAUAAUUAGUAAUUAGUGUUUUUCCUAUAACAUUCGGUCAAGUCAAGUAAGCGAUUCAGUUUUAACUUUGUAAUAACAUUAAACUAACAAUUUGGCUUUCUGCUUUGCAGCACUUUUCUAUCUUCAACAGCUGAAAAAGUUUUUUAUUGGGCUAUCUAUUUAGUUUUUAAUAACAUAAAAAAAAUACAUUUACCAUGUUUUCAUCAAAAAGUAAUUCUCGUUACCAUUUGCAAUUUCAAUUUACAUUAUAUAUAUAACUUAAAAAAUGGUUAAAAAUUAAACGUAAUGUAUAAACCUCCAGAAAACUUUAAUAGAGUAAAGGCAAUUAAGGAUAAAUUUGAGGAUGAUUGUAGACAAUGUAAGACAGCUACCAGUAGGACUGUAAAAGAUAGCAACAUUACUGUUCCACACAAAUUUGUUAAGGAAAAUUUAUCUAAAAGUGAAUUGGCUCAACAUCCACUUUUUAAUUUGUCAAGACAGCUUAGUGAUCCUGGAAAAAAAAAUGUGAAACGCAGCCCAGCUUUUAGACUGGAUAGUCAACCUACAGAUGAAAAAGAUGCCAGAUUAAUAAAGAAUAGAUCACGAUAUCUAGAUAAGAAAAAUAGCUUGAUAGAAAUACAACUAAAAGAAUCUUGUAAUGAGAAGCUGAUCAGUAGUAAACAAUCCUUUGAAAAUUAUUCUUUUCAAAAUACAGCAUUAACUGCUGAUGUUAAGAAGAGCUUCAGUAGAGAAGAAGUUAUUGAUAAAUGCUCUGGUGAAUUAAACUUGCUACCUUCUUCAUUAAACAGAACACAAGAGUUUCUUGGUGAUAAUGAAAGUAAAAUUGGAAGCAAACAUUUGAGCAAGUUACAAGCUUUAUAUACAGAACCAAUAAGAAAACACCUAAGGUCUAACAAGUGUGGGAUACAUUUUAAUACCAAUAAUGACGCAAGUAUUUGGGAAAAUAAUUUACAUAGCGUUAAUUUAUUGCACAGAGAAGAACAGAAUUGUGAAGAAAAUAAAAAUACAGAAAAUAUAAUUAAUAAUAAAAACAGUGGUUAUGAUAAGGAAAAUGGUAGAAUUAUUAAAGACACAUUAACUGAUACAUUAAAGAGUGCUUUAAACAGGCCAUUACCGUCUGGUCCAGCUCCUAGAAAACCCCCAAGAACUUUUAUUCAUUUACCAAAUAAGGAUUGUGAUUUGCAAAAUAAUUUAGAAGGGAAUGGUUUUGUUUUGAACAGAUAUAAAACUUUUAACAAAAGGUUAAAUUUGGAUUUACAAAAGCAAAAUGUUGACUUUCCUCCACUCAGCCAACAAAAUCGUACUGAUCCAAUAUACAUGCUUGAAAAAUUAGAAAAAGCUUUAAAAAGUAAUAUCUGUAUAAAAAGACAUAUAGAACAGUGUCAAGCAGCAGAGCUCAAUUUUGAUAAAUUUCAUAAUAUGCAUAAUGCAGUGGAUGCCCAAGCUGCUUUAUUUAAAAAUAACAAUGAUAACUUAAAAACUAAUCUAUUGAAUAGUCCCACCUGUAAACAGAAAUUUAAUUUUAACUGCUUGAACUCUUUUGGAUGUACAAGUGUUGAGUACAAGACAAUUAAAGAAAGUUCUUUUAUUAGCUAUGAAAAUGAAGAACCUUUGUAUGCUGAACCCUUUGAAUUUCGAAGAUGUACCAGUGAUGGAAAAAUAAAAAAAAUUAAAAAAGAGGAGCUGCAGAGAAAAAUGUUACAAGCAAAAAGUUUAGUCAAUGUCAGGGAUAGUGUACAUUAUGCAAGCUGCCCUAUACCUGAUAAAAGUCAAAAUAAGUUCAAUAGUAAAGAUGUGUCUAUGAAACUAGCCCAAUUAGAUCUCUGCACCAAUAAGGAGGGAAAUGCUGGCACAUUCGAUGCAACACAUGUUUCAUCAUCUUCUUGUACGUCAGACAUGGAGUCAACGAUUUCUUCACUAUCUGAGGAAAAUGGAACUUUAUACGAAUUGAGAAAAGUCAAAGAUAUUAUUAGCGUGUUCGAAACUUCUCCCAAAUAUGUUUCGAAAGGAAUAAAAAUCACCAGUAAAAGUAAAAAGAAAAUUACUGACUCGAAUAUUAACUCGCACAAAAUGAAACAUCCCCCAGAAGUAUUGGAAAAGAAGUUGAAGAAUGACCAGAAUCAUAAGAACCCGUCAUCACAUUCGUCUAGAAACAAACGGGAAAGUGUUGCACAAAUUACUAAAAAAUUUGAAAUAUACGUCAAACGAGUCCGAAGUAAAGUGUACGCAAAGUCCUCGAUUCAAAAAGACAAGUUUAAACAUCUUUUUGAUUGCUUUCUUCUUAUUGGACUUAACGGAAAGAUACCCUACAUAAAAUGUAAAUAUCCUGAUAACAUUGAAAUGCCACAUAAAAUUGAAGAAUUGUGUUUCCCUGACGCCCAGUUCGAAUCGAUGGACUUAAGUGAAGCGGCGCAGUGUUAUUCGUUGGUGAUAACUAAUGCAAGUGGGGAACGAACUUACGGUUAUUGUCGAAGAGUUUUGCCCGAAGGUUCCAACACGUGUUUGCCUUUGGUCUAUUGCAUUGUCAGUCCUCAUUGUGCGCCCGGUUUUUAUAAGAAAAUUUUACAGGAGCUCGAAUCUCGGCACGGUUUCUCAGAAAAAUUUAAAAGUAACUUGUUGAACGAAUUGUACAACAGCCGGUUUCCGAAACCAGGCGAAACGAUCAAAGUUAGUAUACAAAGGACGGUUACGUGUAGUGAAACAGGUAAAAAGAAUGCGGAUGUGAAUCAUCCAUUAGAUUUAAGUUUUUGUACGGCAGUUGAUCGUUUAGGAGAAUAUGCCACAAUAACAAAAAUUAUCAGUGAAAAUGGAAAGAAAAUGUCGAAUAAAAUAGAGAGUAACGCAGGAGAUCUCCAAAAGUCGUGCAGUUCUCCAAAUUUGAUAUUCGAGGAGUCUACCGACUGUUUUCCGUUUGAAUUGGUUUUGUUUAGGCAUUCAGACACUCGUCAUGAAGACAACAAUUUGCAGAUGCUGUGCAACUCCCUUUCAAUGGGGAUUUUACAUCAAGUUUUCAGUUCGUUGUUGUUGGAAAGGAAAGUCGUUAUUGUUAGUAAAGUUUUAAGUAAAAUUUCGGCUUGUGUAGAGGCUUUGCAGAUAGCUUUAUAUCCUUUCGAAUGGCCUCAUACUUUGAUUCCUGUACUGCCUCAGUGUCUUUGGGAAAUUUUAGAAGCCCCAACGCCACUGCUUUGUGGCGUAUUAUCGAAACAAGUUGUAAAUUUAUAUAAAAUUGAAAACGGGAUGGUCGUUGAUUUAGACGAAGGUUCGGUAUUACUGAAAGUCGGAGACGAAGACAAAAUUUUAAGAUGGACGUUGUUUGAAAUUUGGAAAGAUGGUCUUUCUUUGGCUAAAAGUGUACCAUCUCACCAAAGCGCCCACAAUGUACUUUUAAGUGAUGCAUUCUUGCGCGUUUUCAUUAAAAGUUGCGGACACUACAAGCAACACAUCGUCGACGGAGAAUUUAAGAAAACGUGUUUUAUCGAAAGCGGUAAGAUCAGAGGCAGAGGAGUCCGUAGCUUUUUAACGUGGUUCUCUGAAACAACCAUGUUUUGCACGUUUAUCGAAACUGUUCUGAAAAAUCAAAACAGCUUUCACAUAUUCGACCAAAGAAUCGAGAUUUAUUCAUCUGAGGCAACUGGAGGAAUUUUAAAGAAAAUGAAGGAGAAUUCGAAAGAAAAGAGCUCGUUCUUUAGAUUUACUUAAUAUUUGGCAUCAUACAAGCCGUUUUGAUAUUGUCUAUCGUCUAUUUGAUCAGCAUGUCACGUUGAUAUACGAAGGAGAAAAGAAAUACGAUCAAUUUAGCGCAAUAAGUAAAUGAUCGAUAUGAAUAUCUAAUUAUAUCAUACUGUAAUUUACCGGUUUUAAAACUGGCGAUGAACCAGCGAUAUAUCUUAGAUCUGAUCGUGAGAUAUUAAAUACGAUAUAAAAUGAAAAAAUCACUCACAAACUUUACUUCGACUUGUGCUCUGUAAGUAA